AUGGUGGGUAUGUCCCUGUCUAGGCAGAAGCAGGCGUGGCUACAAGCUCGAGAAGAGCUUCGUCAGGCGCAGAUCGUGACUGUAAAACAGGGUUUGAGUCUUACUCCGAGUCUCUACUUCGGCACGCGGCGAUGCACGUACAGCACAGUCGUGUCCGUGGUUACAACAGCUUUACCACUGCCAAGAUAUGACCCGUUAGGCCAGCAAACCUGCGCUACUACCAUGCCUAAUGAUGCCUCUCGAUGGGCUGAAGAGCGUGCGAGAGAAACUCUGACUCGAAUAAAGCAGUUUGACGACAACCAGAACGGCGAAUCUGAAACUCGACCGCCAUACGCGCCAGCGAAGGCGAUCCUUACUAAGCAACAGCAAACGCUCGCUCUGGUUCGAGAGCAACGCGCAUUUAUGAUGGCACUGCACAGCUCUCGACGGGAACGAGCACGGCGAGAGUAUGAGGCGGCGCUGGUGAUUCAGCGAGUUAGACGAGGUUUCGUGCUGCGUCGGCAGUUCCGCGGAAUCAGGCAAAAGCUCCUAGUUCGCAAACGGAUCCGGGGCAGCCUGUUGCAAGUGACUAAAGGCACGGCUCUCGUACUUGGUGAGAAAGAUCGACGCCUAAAGAUGCAGACUAAGCACAACAACGCAGCAGGGAAGAUUCAGAGUGCAUUUCGAGUCUGGGGUGCUCGUCGUUUGCUAGCUAAACUACGGGCUCUCCAUCGUCACGAGCAACGUCAACGGUGUGCGUCGAUUAUUCAAAACGAAUGGAGAGCGAGUACUGCUCGUUGGGUGACGACCAAACUGCGAAUACAACAAGACCAGGCUCGACGGCAAGCUCUAGCUCGGCUGAUGACGAAGUUGUUCCUAGGAUUUCAAGCGAGAUGUCGAGUUCGAGCUAUGCGUUUGCACCGACAAACCAGCGCGGCGUUCAAGCUACAAUCGUUUAUACGGUGUCAAUUACUGGCAUCUAAAGCUCGGGCGCAAGCAAGAGAGAGAAUUAUGCAGGAGCGAGGACACAGUGGAGCGGCCGGCAUGCAAACUCUCGUCCGCGGGAUGCUGCAGCGCGCGUAUGUGGCCAAGAUGCGUCGUGCUGAAGAGUUGGCAGUUCGGAUAGCGUGCACGCUAUCAAUUCAGCGCGUUGCAAGGGGUUUUCUAGGAAGACAACGGGCUCGAAGACGAGGUUUGCAGCGAGCUCAUGAACGCGGUUGGAUCUGUGCGAUGAACGUCACUCGUAUCGCUCGGGGAUUCCUAGGAAGACUGGAGGCAUCUCGCGAGAGAGCUGUACAGGAAGCGGAUCUAUUGGUACAGGCACGUCGAGGCAACGUCGAUGCGGUCGUGGACUUGUUGGACGGCUUUGACCCGUCGGCUAUCGGACGUCAAGAAGGAGAUGUGGUAGACGACGAUGCCGCUGCUGUUAUGCCUGCGGACGUGACUAUAGCGAGUGUUCCAGGCGGUAACAGCGGGCUGCAUCUUGCUGCGAAGUUCGGACAUCUUGAAAUUGUGACUCUUAUCCUACCUCGGCUACUCAGCAAAGCACCAGAACUUGUGUACGCACGGAACGCUAAGGGCUUCACCGCGUUGGUUCUAGCUGUUAUCAACAGCCAUGAGCGAGUAGCCCUCUACAUACUUGCAAUGACGUCGCGACUGUUUGUAGAUCACGUGGUGCCUGGUCGAAGACGCACCUUGCUGCACGAAGCUGCACGCCUUGGCCUGGAGAACGUCGUGGCUAAACUGCUACAGCUCUUCCCUCAGACUUUCACGGGUGCUGAACGAGACGAAUGGACGCAACGUACAGCGAUCCACGAAGCUCUAUUGGUGGGCAUUGAGGUUGUACAGGACGGAGCGAUGUUCCCUUGGAGCCGUCAUCACGCACACGCCCACCGUCGUGCGUACAGCAGUCCAGAGGAAGAAGCGGACCACUCGAUGGCAGUACUAGAGACUCUACUAGCUAAAGCACCGCAUGCUCCACUGGAAGCGAAGGACUUUGUGGGCUUUACGCCUCUGCAUAUCGCAGCAGCACGAGGCAACCUCCGUGCCGUCACCCGGUUACUGGCGUUCGGUGCCGAUGUGUCGAUCAAAGACGUACAUGAUCGCACAGCGUGGCGCGUCGCAUUGCUGCGUUGCCACGACGCGUGCUUCCAGGAGAUCCGUCACAAAUGGCUACACGACGUAGUGAGCAACAGUGCAGGACAGAAAGGUGCGGCGUCCGAGUCGACGGGUGCUGCGAAUGCCUCGACAGCUCGAACCGUCGUGACGCCUGCGGGAUCUACCACAAUGGCGCUGCAUCCACAACUCGAGUGCGAACUCUUUGCUGCCUGCAGACGCGGCGACGUCGCCAAAAUGCGCUUUUUCGUGGACGAGUGUGAAGUCUCUGUUAACGCAGUGGAAGAAGCGGAGAGCGAUCCAAACGCCGAUGAUACAGCAGUGCUCUCUCUGUUCCGGCCACCAGGGCGAUCUCUGCUCAUGGUGGCGUGUGAACAUCGACAGCUACGUGCCGUACAGUUCCUACUCGCGAGAACCGACCUGAACGUCAACUACACGGCCGGGGACGGACAAUCAGCGCUCACUGUAGCACAAGCCAGGCUUGAAGCAGCUUCAAGUGCGUCUGAGACCUGUAUUUACUCUUAAUGAGAAAGGUUUUGCUCUCCAUCA